AUGGCUGAUGACAGCCAACCUCCUGUCACCCACAUUACACCAGGAGACCAGGAACUGGCGAAUCCUGGUGAACUCCAGAACUUGUCGACCCGCCUGUUCUUCCCAAGGCUGGGGUUUCUGGAAAACGAGGAACUGACGCAGCUCAAUCUGGGGAUUUUUGGACAGCUUGGUUCUUUCGCGUCCACUUCCCGCCAAGACGAGGAGUCUGAUGCGGCUCACAUGCCAAAACUUGGGCCUCAUUGGACCUCGCUCUAUGGGCGGAACCCCUUACCUGCGGCCGCAAGCACGCAUCCAGACACUUCGGGGUUUUCCAUGAACUCUGAUGUGCCUGGUCGUGCCGAUACUGCCUCGACCUACAAGGACGAGCAAGAUGCACCACUGGGAAAAGACGAGACCGAGGACGCCGAAGACGACUGCGGCCUGACCUUUGCUAAUCUUCUCCCUCAGAUGAUGUUCGUGUCUGGCGAGACUGCAGAACCAUCCAGCGAGACCACCACCCUCAUCGAGGAUAUUACCCGCCAGCAGGUCAUUGAGAUUCUCACACGCAGCACCGCCCUGGCUACUCGUCGGGGCUCACGGUCUAUCUCAACUGAUGACCUCAUCUUCCUCAUUCGCCACGACAAGGCCAAGGUCUCUCGCCUUCGAACUUUCCUUUCCUGGAAAGAUGUUCGCAAGAACGUGAAGGACUCCGACGACAAGGGGGGCGGCGAUGCCGCAGACUUUGCGGCCGCCGACGAUGCGGCCGGUGCGGUGGCAGGCCCGACAGAUGUCGCCGCGAAGCCAAAGAACAAACGCGCCAAGGUCGGUCUUGCUUGGGAUGUCAACAGCCUAUUCUCUGUUCAAAUACCGGAGCGCGAGGACGAGGAAGACGAGGAAGAGGAGGAACAAAACUACGCCACGCUCCAGCGCCUGGCCGCGGCCGACGAGCGCACCAAGUACAUGACCAAGGAAGAGUACGUCUUCUGGUCUGAAUGUCGACAAGCCUCAUUCACCUACCGCAAGAGCAAGCGCUUCCGCGAAUGGGCAGGUUUCGGGAUCGUGACCGAAUCCAAGCCAAACGACGAUAUCGUCGAUAUCCUGGGCUUCCUGACUUUCGAGAUCGUCCAGACUCUCACCGAGGAAGCGCUCAAGGUCAAGAUACGCGAAGACCAUGAGAAGAAUCGCGGCGGGGGCGACAAUGGCGACAAUGCCAAGAAGCGCAAGCGCGAGACCGGUCUGUUUGACCCGCCUGAGGAAGGCCGUACUCCUAUCGAGCCGCGCCAUAUCCGCGAGGCUUAUCGCAAGCUGCAGGCUACCCCUCAGAAGAACAUCGCGAUGCUUCUUCACGGAGCUCGGGUCCCUGCUCGAAUGCCCCUCCAAUUGGUAAUUAUUAGUUUCUUUAUUCAUUCCUACUGGCAUGGCUGUUUCGAUUUCCUUUUUGCUGACCAUUCUUUCCAGAUCUGA